AUGCCUCGUCAUAGGCGGCGGGGUGCAUUCGGAAAAAAAAAAAGCCCUGCGCCGGCCUACUUCCUCUGCCAAAAAUCGCAAACACACAAAAUCACGCCUCAUGCGAGAAUCCUGUCCGUCGCGCCCUCCCCUGCGCCGCCUCGCGGAAAAGCCGGCGGAUUCCUCGGCCGGCUCGACUGGUGCGACGGUGGCCCGCUCUCCUCCCUCGCCCGCGCCAGCUUUCAAGCGCUCCACCGCUCCCUCUUCAUCCCUUCUCGACGGCCCUCCCCAUAAACUACGGACUAAGUCGCCCGGCCUCACCUGACGGGCUCUCCGCUCUCUGUAAAAGCCUCCCUCGGCCUCGCCGUCGUCAUCAGACGCUCCCUUCCAUCUUGGAUCGAUGGGCCCACCCGCGGUCCGAGAACCAUCGGGACCAUCGAGACGACGGCCACAGUGUUCCCUCCACAGCUGUUCACCAGAACACUCAUCGACGCCGCGGUGGAAGGAUACGGCCUCGACGUCGUGAUCGGGGAGGUGGUUAACGUGCGGGUUGAAGGUGGCAGGGUCACCGGCGUCGAAAUGAAGGGCAAAUUCGUGGAGGCCGACGCGGUGGUUCUCGCGCUCGGGCCGUGGUCGGCGCGGAGCUUGAUUCUUUCUUCUCUGUUCACCGUCUCCGGGCUGAAGGCCCACAGCAUCGUGCUGCGGCCGGCCCAGCCGGACGCAAUCACCCCUCACGCCUUGUUUCUUUCUUACCAGGACUCGCCGGUGGCGAGAACACUCGACCCGGAAGUUUACCCCCGGCCGACCGGAGAGGUGUACGUGUGUGGAAUGUCGUGUGAGGCUCAGGUGCCGGGUGAUCCGGAAGAGAUUGUAGGCGACAGGAGUUCGAUUGAGAUGUUGCAUAAGAUUGCGGGGACGGUUUCGAGCCAUUUGAGGAGGGAGGGAGGGGCGGAGGUGGUGGCGGAGCAGGCUUGCUUCUUGCCUUGCACGGAGGACGGGGUGCCCGUGAUCGGAGAGGUUCCUGGGGUUGAGGGGUGCUUUGUUGGGACCGGGCAUAGUUGUUGGGGGAUAUUGAAUGGACCUGCAACCGGAGCUGCGCUGGCUGAACUUGUUUUGGAUGGCAAGUCGAGCAUCGUCGACUUGACCCCGUUCAGCCCCUCGAGAUUUCUUCGUCUUCGCACACGAGGAUAGAGGGUUCCCGACGAUUUGUGGAUGGGGACAACGCUAAUGCUACUUCUCCGUUAGUUUUUCAAAUUUUCACAGAAAUAUCACGGCGAGUAUAUGAUCAUAUGAUCUUCACAUGAUCAGCAAUGUACGUGCUAAUGAGAUAGAACAUGGACGAUAAAUACUUGCAUCCCUAGCAUGAUACAUGGAGAGUUCGUCUGCAAUUAUCUGCGAUUAGCCGUAAUAAGAGUGGUGUUGUGAGGUGAGGUACAUGUAAUUUGGUUACUUUGCUUUGGAAUCUAAGUACAAGUUUACUCUCUUUAUGGACUCAAA